AUGGAGUUGCUCAAACUGUCGAAAUUCAAGCUCCAGCUUAAAGCCCUAGCCACCGAGGUUGGAGAUCUCAGGGAGAGAGAACAGUCGGCCACCGAACAAUGCCGAAUUCUAAUUCAGAGACAGAAGCAAACAGAGGAGGAGUACUGCAGGCAGUUGCAGGAAUUACAAUCGGAGUUGGCUUCCUCCAAUGAACUGCGCCAAAAGCUUCAAAAGAAGAAAUUACUAACCUCCUUAGAUACUGAUCUAGAAAGGGAGGCUUUCUCUAUCAAGCAACUUGUGGAUAGAGUGCAACUCCUUGUUAGUGAAAAAGAGGAAGUAGUGGCUGGCUUGAGGAGCAAGAUGGACAAGGUUUCUGCUUUUGAAAAAGUAUUUUUUGAAAAGAUCCGAAAUUUGGAAAAUAGAUUAAAAAAUGAUGAAGAAGACUUCCGAAGAAAGGACAGAAUCAUUUCAGAGCUAGAAGAGCAGCUGGAAGCGGCAAAACUUAAUAACAGUUUCAUUCAAAAUCUAAUUUCUGAGAAAGAGGCAUUGCAUUGUGAAGUGAGGAGUUUAGCAAUAAUACUACAGAAGAUUCAGGAGACUGUUGUAAAUAUGAAUGAACAGGAUAAAAAGAUAUUCUCCUCCUUACUAGAGUGCCAAGAAGACUGUGAUAUGAUCAUGACAGAGGAAGGUACUGACAGGGUCGAGGACUUGGUUCAGAACAGUGGAGAACCAUGUCCAAACAAAGCUUCCAGUAUGGGCAUAGGAGAAAAUCGAGUAGAAACUCGUAGAAUGGAGACAGCAUGGAUGCAUGGUAUUAGAAAGUUGAAACAUAAGUCUUAUAAUUCCAAGAAGAGGGAAUUAUCUGUUUCACCUUGCUCUGACCUUCAGUCUGCAGCUAACAGUCCAAACAUUUCAGUAAACAAUGCAAAGACACCUGGUAUUUCUGUUCCUUCAACCAAUUAUAUGCUUGGAAGAAACUUGGCUAGCAUCUCUGUGAUAAGACAACUUCUAAAUCAGGCUGUAGUGGGUGCAGCCCAUUCUGAUUGUUUUAGUCCGGUUUUGUGGUUUCUCAUUCACGACUUGUCAGGACAAGAACAACUCCAAAAGCCGAAAUUUUCAGCUGAAAACCUUUCUACACUCUUGAUGCUGAAAUAUUUAGAUCAGCCUGUCUCUCCAGAAACUGUAUGCCCUCUCUGCUACCCAGCAUUGUUUUGGAUUGGUUCUUGGUUCCCGUAUGUGAAUUGUGAUCCCAAGACAGAGUGUCUGUGA